AUGUAUAAAAGAAAAUACAAAGCUGGUUCAGAAAAAAGAAAGGAAAAAGAAAAGCAGAAAUUGCUUAAAUGUGCCUAUGACAAAAGUCAAAAAAAACUUAGUUUUUCCUCAAGUGUGAAAGAUACAAUUGAAAGUACAGUUUCUACUGAAUCACUAUCCAUUGAUAUGAACCCAAUUUCAAAAUUAGCUACUUCUACUAUUACUACAAAUACAACCGAAAGUAUGGUUUCUACUGAAUCACAGUCCAUUGAUAUGAACCCAAUUUCAAAAUUAGCUACUUCUACUAUUACCAAAAAUACAACCGAAAGUAUGGUUUCUACUGAAUCACUGUCGACACUGUCCAUUGAUAUGAAUCCAAUUUCAAAAUUAGCUACUUCUACUAUUACCACAAAUACAACCGAAAGUAUGGUUUCUACUGAACCAUUGUCGACACUGUCCAUUGAUAUGAACCCAAUUUCAAAAUUAGCUACUUCUACUAUUACCACAAGUGAAACUGAAUGUAUUUCUGAUAUGGAGCCAAAUUCAAUAUCAGCUGAAUCUACAUUAACUUCUAGUAGCUUAGCAUUUUUUAUUAGACCCGCUAGUAAUGAAUCAGUAGAAAUCAAAUUAGCUUUUUUAAAAAGUCAUCCCAUUCAACCUCUUGUUUUAAGUAAUGAUAAACUUCCAUUUGAUCCUCAAAAAAUGUAUUAUCAGACUUUAAGUGAUUCUCAAAAAGUUCAGCGCAAAUGGUUAUCUUAUUGUUCUUAUAGUAAAAGAAUAUUUUGUACUACAUGUAUGACAUUUUGUCCACGACGUGAAAAUAUUAGCAAUUUAGUAACUGGAUUAGAAGUCUUAAAUUCAAAAAAUGUUUAUGGUACAGUUAAAAAACAUGAACAAUCAAAAACACACGGUGAAGCAGUUUCUGCUUUAUUACAAGCUAACUUAAACAAAAAUAUUGAGAGUUGUAUUAAUAUUAAUUUAAGGGAAAUUCAUUCCAAAGAAGUAGAAUUUAACCGUUUGGUCAUUAAAAGGCUCAUUGAUAUAAUAAUGUUUAUUGGUAGGCAAGGAUUAGCUUUUCGUGGUAAAGAUGAAGCAGCUUAUAGCUUAGAGGAUAGGACUAUUAAUCAUGGAAAUUUUUUGGAACUAGUAUUGCUUAUUAAAGAUUAUGAUGUUGUAUUGAAUAUGCAUGUUAAAAAUUGUAUUGAGUUAAGUAAAAAACGUAAAGCUGGAGAAUUUUCUGAAAUAGAUUUAGAUAUGAAUAAAAUUGUAGGUUGCUCUUUUGAUGGGGCAUCUAAUAUGAAAGGUGUUUAUAAUGGCUUGCAAUCACAUUUAAAGAAAAAUGCGAAUCCUUCAUGUAUAUAUACUCACUGCCUGGGUCAUGUAUUAAAUUUAGUUAUGGUAGAUUCAUCAGAAUGUUGCAAAAAUGCUGAAUUUCUCUUUGGGUUAGUUCAACAAUCAGCUACUUUUCUUUUAGAUUCUCAUAAAAGAAUGAAAGUAUGGUCAGAUUUAACUAAACAAACCCAUAAAAGUCAUGAUAAACUUAGAAAAUUGAACUUGAUUGGAGCAACUAGGUGGUGGAGUAAGGACAAGGCAUUAUCUUCUAUAAUUCAGUUUAACGAGCCUAAUGUCAAGGAUUCCCGAUUUUUGUUAUUCUUACAUUUUUUAUUGGAAAUAACUUCUAGUGAAUCAAAAUUUGAUGCAAAAACUAAAUACACGGCUCAUACACUUUUACAAAAUUGGUCAAAAUUUGAAAUUAUUUUAACUGCAGCUAUUUACCUUGAUAUUUUUACUAUAAGUUUUCCUGUAUCAAAGUUUUUACAAUCACGCUCAUUAAAUUAUCUAAUAGCUUUUAAUAUGACAACAAAUUUACUAAAUCAAAUUAAAGAAAAAAGAUAUAAUGGCGAUGAAAUAUUUAAUAAACUUAUUUCUGAUGUUCAAAAUUUUAUAACAAAAAUUAAUAAGGAAUUAGAAUUAAAUGAUAUAGAUUUUAGAAUAAAAAAUAAGUUUAGUAAGAAUUCUGUAAGUAGAGUGCCAAAAAUAAAUAAAAUGCCUGGUGAAUUAGCAUCUGAUGAAAGACCUGACGUUUCCACAGAAAAAAGGUUUAAAGUUGAAACAUAUAAUUAUAUCCUUGAUAUUAUGAUUAAUAGUAUGGAAAAAAGAUUUGUUAGCAAUUCAGAAUUACUUAAAGAUUGUAUUUGCUUAGACCCUAAAAAUUUUAAAAAUAUUAAAAGUGGUUUACCUGAAAACUCACUAUUAAAACUUUCUGAAUUGACAAAAAUAAGUGUACAUGUUUUAACAUCUGAACUCCAACAAUUUGCAAUUCAAUAUGAUACAAUAACUAAAAAUUUUAAUGAUACAUUUUCAAAAAAUGAUCUAUCUUUUGACAAUGACUCCAACUCUGAAUCAGAACUAAACACAGUUUGGAAUGCAAUACAUAUUAUGGAAGCUUUGUUAAUGAUAAAUAUUGAAAGAGAUUAUGUUGUUGAUAAGGAAAUUGUUGUAAAUACUAUUGCUAAAAGUUCAACUGAACUAUCAAGGUUAUUGAUUUGA